AACAUGGGGAAUAAUGCUGGCGUUUGUGUAUAUUUUGACAGAGCUUGGUUUUAGUCGGAGGGGAUUGUGUUUUUUGACGCGGACUAGGCCUUCCUUUCGGUUCGCCUUCCUGAUGGUAUCACUGCCGGGGGAAAGGCGAAGGAGGAGGCCAGGCUGGAAGACAUGGAGGCUAACCUUGCAGAGGGAGUGGACGGUAGGACGUGGUGAUUUGUAAGGUGUGUUGCUACUCCUACAAUGGACCACGCACACAUUGGCCGGGAUAUGUCUCCUUUGUAUGUGCCAAGGAAGAGAAAGUCUGCGCAGUCUCAACCAAAAAGUGGUGUGCCAUGCCCAGUUGUUCAGCGAAUGCCAGAUAGAGCCUGUCAGUUGAGUGUGAUUGGCCAUUCUAAGAAUGACGAGUCUCAAGCCCAAGACGCUCUAAAGAUGAAAAGAACUUAUGGUAGAAAAAGAUACGAGGACCUCCAGAGUGUUCCCUUAGGAACAGUAGAAUAUCCAACCACCAGCUGUUCAGUGAUGUCAUCAAGUGGAAUGGUUAAUGGGGCUGACCCAGGGUCCUUGGCCCCGCCUACUGCAAGGCUGCCCCCGAGGCUGGUGGCAAAAGAUGUCUGGCCACAAGGCCCAGAGGCCAACAGAGAUCGAUGCCAGCCUCAGGACCAGAGCUGGAACUCUAGCAGGGAUCGAGGUCCCGAGGCCUGGACAGCAGGUAGAGACCGACCCCAGGAACAGGUGUGGAACUCAGGCAGAGACCGAGGGGGAAACUCUAGUCAGGACCAGACCUGGGCUCCAGGCAGAGACAGGGCCCAUACCGGAUCAGACCAGGCCUGGGCAACAGGUCGAGACCGAGGUCCUGAGCAGGCUUGGGCCACUGGUAGAGACCGAGCCCAGGAUCAGGCCUGGAACCCAGGCAGGGAUCCUGGAAGAGACAGGGCUUCCUCAGGGCCGGAGCAGGCAUGGAGCACCAGCCGUAGCCAAGACCAGGCCUGGAGCAACAGAGACAGAGGACAGGAACACGUCUGGAGGCCUGACUUGAACAUGAAGAAAGUCCAGAGAGUGGAAAUGGAGCGAAGUCCGUCUGUUAGCUUCCCACAGCCACCAGAUGGCAGAGACUCUGGUUCAGAUGUAGUCAGUGCUGGUGGUCUCCAAAGCAGCCCAGAGGCUUCCACAGCCCAGCCCAGUGAGGUACUGAAAACCCCGGUCGUCUCAGCCAAGAAGGAGCCUCCGACCUACCCUGCAGGCAGUCAAGAGGAACGUUGGCAGCUCCAGAUCGUGGCCAAAGGCAGAGUCACCUGCCCGAAAUGUAAAAGUGUCAGCAGGAAGACUGUGGAGGGCCUGAAGAAACACAUGGAGAACUGCCGACUGCAACCCUUUACCUGUCAACACUGUGGGAAACAGCUGAAGUCUUCAACAGGAAUGAAGUACCACAUCAUGGCUGACCACAGCCACUUGCCCUCACCGGACGAAGCCAAUGACCUGGAUGAUCGUGCAGUCAAAGACAAACUGCGCAAAAUUCUGAAGAGACUGGGCAAAUUAAAAUGUUCCAAAGAGGGCUGCAACGCUGGCUUUACCAGCAUCAUGGGCUACCUGUACCACAUGAAGAAGUGUGGGAAGGAAGAAUCAGAGCUGGAGAAGUUGAUGCUAAAUUGCUCUCACUGCGGAAAAGCCUACAAGUCCAAGGCUGGUCUAGAGUACCACCUCAAAUCCGAGCACGCUCCUACACCCCAACAAAGUGAGGAAGACGAAGCACUGAAAGCCCAGAGGGAGGCCAACCCAGAGAGGACGGCUAGCGGAAGGGUGCAGCGAGCCUCGGCCCAGGUAGCCAACUUUCACCUAGCUGAGAUUGCCAACAAUGAGUUGCCCAAGGACUGGCCCAAGAGAAAGUUCCAGUCUGACCUGGUGCCUGAUGACAAAAAACUGAAAUAUGCCCGACCAGGCCUGCCUGCCUUCAGCCAAGAGGUGCUGAGGAAGUGGAAGAAUGAGGUAAAACUACAGAGGAAAGUCCAGUGUCCCAACCAGGGUUGUGGCUGCACCUACACCAGUGUGUCUGGACUUAAGGCUCAUCUGGGACUCUGCACAAGGGGUGACUUUGAGGCUGGAAAAUACAGAUGUCUGAUCUGCAACAAGGAGUUCAACUCAGAGAGUGGUGUGAAAUACCACAUCAAUUCUGUCCAUUCACAGGACUGGUUUGUGACAAACAAAAAGGCCUCCAAGAAGUUUGAGAAAUUUCUCAAAAACCAGCCCAAGGAGCUCGUCCACAGUGUGGACAAACAGAUCAUAGAUCAGUACCACCAACACCACGUCCAGCAUCUCCAGCAUCAUCAGCAGCAUCAUCCUCAUCAUCAUCCUCAUCAGCAGCAUCCGCUCCAGCACCAACCCCUACAGCAACCACUCCAGCCUUUGCAUCACCUCCAGCAGCAAACCCAGCUCCUCCACCCUGAACACCAGCACAUCCCUCCACAGAUAGAUCCUCAGCUCCAGCAGCCACUGCUCCAUUAUACCCCUCUAGAGCCACCUGUGGGACCCAUGUGGGUGGAUAUGGACCGGAGAGCAACUGUGAUCGGGACAGAACAGGCACCGCCUGACAUGGGAACAGCUUCUAUGAACAAACCUGGAGGGGAGAGCAGUGGAUCUACAGAGGGGAAGAGGAGGGAGAAGGCCUCAAGAGGAGCAGAGAAAGGGAAGGCAGAUGGGAAGAGGAAGGAUUGCUUUGCUUUCACCAGCGGUGGUGCCGGUGUUGGCGGUGGUAGCAGCAGCAGCAGCAGUAGCAGCAGCAGCAGUAACACCGGCAGCUCGUCUAGUGAAUCAGAGGUGGAGCAGCAAGACAGACAGAGACAGAUCGACCAGUGGAAUCUGAAAAGGCCUGGCAUCAUGGACGCAAACCCUGAGGUUGCUAAGCGACAGAGAAACAACUCCUAAAAGCCCCCUUCGGUUGCUAAGCAGCCAAAAAGUGUCACCUUAAAGUGACGCUUAUUAAAUUUACUUUCUUUAUCACUUCUCCCCAACCCUUCUUCUUCACCAGAGCUGAUUUUAACAUCCUGGUGGAAAAAGAAACUGCCAGGUGUGUGGCCACCCCAUCCACACCUGAUAAGUGUAUCACAGAGAGGAAAACAAACUUCUUCAUUUUAAACAGGACCUGAGAAAAACAGACGAGGAGGCAGCUUUAUGACAGAGCUAGAGUUUGUAACUUCUAAAGUUUUUGAUGUUCAGAAAGCAUUUUGAUGGAUACCGUCAAGAUACUCAAGGUUACAAUGUGGAUACGAGACUCUGUACAGUUCAGAUUUAGAGUACCAGGCUCUCUCUCUGUCCUAAAGUGAUUGUCAGUGUAUAGCCCUGAGAAAUGUGGUAUACUGUUUGUGUAUGUAUCUGUAACACAGAGAUUUUUUUCACCAAUGUUAAAUGUGUCUUAUUCUUUUAAGAUAUUUGAUAAAGCCUUUUUUGUCUGACAAAUUUUACUUUGAGGGAUAAAGUGUUACUUUAACCGUGAGACAGGAUGGUAUAGUAUUUUGGAGUGUUAGACUUGUCUAGUUUCUCUCUUUGAAAAGAUUGUGUGCCUCUUAAGUAUGAUCUAUAUAACCUCAUACUGCUCAUCAUCGGCCCGCUUCCAUAUUCACUCACAACAGCUUGCCCUUUCCAGGGGUUGACUAGACCUUUUUCACAGCAGCCAAUUUCACAUGAAAUAGCAGGUUAAAAACAGAUGGCACUAAUAACAUUAAGGUUGGGUUCAUCUAAGUGUGGCAGAGCCUUUCCAGUGAACGAGAAUGCACAAUUCUAAGACUCUCUGCUCUCUGUUCGACCUUAAUGUAACAGAACCUUAAUUAAGGUCAUUAGCAGCAACUGUGUUAAGCUGCUGUUUCAUGUCAAAAUGGCUACUGUGAAACGAGUCUAUAGGAAUGUUGUAAGUGUCAAGUUUCCAUUUGGAGUUAAUGGGAAUGAUCAGUUCUCCCUGGCUUGGAUUCCUUUCACCCUUUCUUUCAUUUUUCCUUAUUGCCACUCAUGGGUUUUGAUGCAAUUUGAUUUUUUGAGUUUAUUCACUUGCAUUGCAUUCACAUGGCAAGCAACGUGGUUGAUCAGUCGCUUUAUUCUGACCAAUUAUUAUCAGUGCGAGAUUCUGAUUCCGUCCAUGUAAAGGCUUGAUGCAGUUACUACGUUUUAGGCAAAUCAUCAAUGAAGAGUAUUAAAGAAAAGUAACUCCACAGCACUCCUAGGAAAAAGUUAAACCCUUUAUUAUUAAAGUAACAGUGAUGCCCUGGAGCAGAAGCUGGCACUCCUCAGGGUGCUUGCUUGGAUUUGUUUUUUUUCCCAUCACUCUUCAUAGUCUGAACACUUCAAUUUUCAAUGAGCACCUCUCUAUGAAUCAUUGAAGCAAAAGGAAAGUUGUUUCCUUUGGAUCAAUCAAGCAAAUCACUUCCUUACUGUCCAUACAUGGUGAGUUUCCCCAGUCACUGUAUAGGAAGUGAACAGAGCUCUAGUAGUGACAUGUUGAUCAUGUUGCUUGCAGUUUGGAUGCACCGUCAGAGUGGAUGUUUUGUGGCGGUCCAGGGCAGCAUGCAUCCCUUUCACCUUGCCGACAGAGUCUUGAGUCACCAGUAGUGGUGAUGCUGCACUCUGAUGAAGUAAAGCUAAUAUACCAAGCAUUUCAAAUCAAGGGUGGGGAUUUCUUUUUCUUUCCUUUCUGUACGUUCACAGUCUGCCAGACAGACCUCUUAAUUGUCUGUCUCACAGCAUAUUUAACCAAUAGCAUGUAACUUUAUGUAUUCUGCAUUUUGUAUCUUUGAUAUAGUGGUGUAUGGUCAUGGAUGGUCGUCAGUACUGUUUGUGAUGUUUUAACACUAGUUUAGUUUGUUUUUGUGCACUUGGGAGAUGGAUAUCAGAGCAGUUGACACAUUUUUUACUCUUGUUUGGCAAGCUUCUCCACAUUUAUGAAUGUAUUUUGUUUAUUCUCAUUGGUUUUUUUGUAUGUGUAUACCUCCUUUAAGACAGUUUAGUGUCGAAGACAUACAUGAGCAUAUCAUAUGAUUUGUUUUGAUUUGAAACAGAUUCAGUGAGGAUUAAUUCUCAACUCUGCAAGACUGUCCAUAACAGAAUAUGUUAAGGUGUUAAAAAAUGUUUAUCUGGUUUUACUCAAAGUGCAUUACCCUUUGUUAUGCUCCAUCAGAUGCCUUUUGAAGAACAGCCUGUGUCAUACAAGUUUAGAAUAGUAACACUAGUUCAUAGGAAGCAUUAAAAAAAUAAGGAUUAAACCCUAAGCCAGGCAUUUUUAAAGGAAUAGUUCACCUGUUUUAAAACUUUUGAGAUUAUUUCACUCCCCCUCAGCUGUUCUGUAGGACAGUAGUGGUGCUAUCUUCCUCUCAUUGUUACUGAGUG